GGGACAGAGCUAGAGCGUGUGCUCAGAGGCUGCCUCUCAAUGGGAGGAGGAUGCAGAUGGAGAAAGCGAGAGAGAGAGAGAGAGAGAGAGAAAGCGAGAGCGCGAGAGGGGAGAUUCUACAGCAGUAAAUGAAGGAUUGCUCCUUAUGUGCCUGUAAACGCGAAAAGCCAAAUCUAUUCUGUGUCAGUGCCAGGGUCUCCUCAAGGGAAGCCAGUGAUAUUUCAAAGGUGGAAAUGGCAAUGCUCUAAAUGUGUUGUUUCUGACUGGCUCAGCUGUCAGCUUUCAGUCACUGUGCCCAACGCUGUUGGUUGUCCUCAGACAAAGUGAAGAAAAGGAAGGAAGAGUAGUGUGACGAGUCAAAGGAGUUUGGGAGUCUCAACCUAAAUCAAGGACGGAGUUGGAUGGGGAUUCCACAUCAGCCUCAAGAUGGAUGGAUUUAAAACAACGUGUUAGAAUACUUAGCAGAUGUGUCCUGUCAUGUCCUGGCUGCUGUGCCUGGUCCUCUGGGUCAGUGGGAGGUCCAUCCAGCUGUGCCAGGCCACCUUUUAUGAGACCAUACAGCUACAGCAGCACCAUGUGACACGGCCUGGAAGGACCUCCAUUCACGUGAUUGAGGGAGGAACAUGUGAGGUGAUUGCUGCUCACAGAUGCUGUAAUAAGAACAAGAUUGAAGAGCGGUCCCAGACAGUCAAGUGUUCCUGUCUACCAGGGAAGGUGGCAGGGACUACCAGGAACAGACCCUCCUGUGUUGACGCAUCCAUAGUGAUUGGGAAGUGGUGGUGCGAGAUGGAGCCCUGCCUGGAGGGAGAGGAGUGCAAGACGCUGCCUGACAACUCAGGCUGGAUGUGUUACGCUGGGAACAAGAUCAAAACCACCCGGAACACCCAACAGCCUGCAAGUGAAGAAUACCUCGAACUUUAGACGGACCAACUGCAGAGAUCAAUCCAAGGACCCAACAAAGACAUUCAGUUUGCUUUCCUGGAUGUGUGAAUUCUCAAAAAAAACUGCUGCUCAAGGGUACUGGGAAUGGUGCAGUUCAAGGAUACCAAUGGGGGACCUUAUUGAAUUCUGAAUUGUGUUCUUUGAGGAAACACUGCUUUUGGAUGUACAGCACAUCUGUUGUCAGAAAACUCAGACAGACUCUGCGAGAUGGGCAGACAUUUCUGGGUUACCUUUAGCAAGUACUUGCAGUGGGGAGUCAGGAUUCUGUAUAUACCAUGUUUCAGUGUCUUCAUGUUAACAAGAACAUUGUCUACAGUAUGAUGGUGGUGAGAUGUAAAUGAUUCCAAACCCUGA